AUGGAACCAAACGGUAAGAACGCCGGAGCAGUGCCACUGACACCGUGGAAGUCGAAGCAUUCCAACAAGUCAAAGCUACCAGAGAAUGUAAACCCUAACGUUACUAGCCCUAAUCCGAAAGCCUUGAAUUCCCCAUCAGCCAAAUCAGCGACUAAAGUCCAGAAAUCGAUGAUGAAGAAACCUAAUCAGAUCUCUUUGCCUUCUCCCAAGAACAAGAUUCGGGCGAGGAAGUUUGUGGCGGCGAAGAAGAAUUCGAAGAGAGACAAGGAUUAA